CCCGUCGCACUCCGAUCUUCCAUAACUUUUUUCCUGACAUCCCUGACUUGCUGGAAUUCUUAGUUUGUCGAUUAGGCUAGAUCCUUCGCGACCUAAUCGGCACUUCAGGGAUCUAGUCCGAUCACUCAGUCGAACCGCCAAUUUUCGCGGUCUCGCUUGUUCCGGAGCUAGCCCGCUGAGCACUGAGAGCUGCAAUCUGUGGCAUCAAUCUUUAGCGUCAAUCUGUAACAUCAGUCUGUAACAUCGGUCCCUGGCAUUUGUCUGUAGCAUUCGCCAACCAUGAGGCCUCAUAAUCCUCCCCCGGGCUGGCGUCCCCCUCCGCCCGGCGCCGCUCCCCCUUAUGGUCCGCCUCCUGGAUCCGCUCCGCCAGCGCGGCCCGGUUACCCGCCCGGUCAGCAGCCCCCGCAACAGCCUGGUUUUCCGCGCGGGCCCCCUGGUCCCGGACAGGCUCCGCCUGGUCCGCCGGGACCCGCGCAACAGCCUGGCGCAAGGCCCGGGGGACCUGGUGCUCCAUAUCCCGGCGGACCGUUCGCGGGGCCUCCGCCAGGUUCUCGCCCCACAGGUCCGCCUCCCCCUGGUGUUGCGCCGCCCGGCGCGCGAGGCCCGCCAGCUGGAUUUGCGGGUCCGCCUGCGGGUUUCGGAGGGCCUCCCGCGGGUGGCCCGCCAGGCGGAGCAGUCCGUCCGCCUGGCCCUUUCGGCGGGCCACCUGCGGGGGGACCGCGCCCAGGUGGUCCUCCGCCAGGAGUUGGCGGACCUCCGCCGGGUUUUGCUCCGCCAGGCGCCGCUCCCCCUGGCGCUCCGCGCCCCACCGGUCCCCCGUCUGGAUACCCUGGUGCGCAGCAGCAGUACCCUGGCUACCCCCCGCAGCAGCAGGGCCCCCCGCCACCGGCGCAACCCCGCGCUCCGCCUAGCGGACCUUCGCCAUAUGGUCCGCCAUCGUACGGAGUUCCGCAGCCAGCGCAGCCAGGCGCACCUGUUACCGCGCCUGGAGCCCCCCGCCCCCCUUCGGUGCGCCUCACCCUCCGCCUGGUGCUGCGCCGCCGUCAUGGGGGGGAGCCGCCACGCAAACCGCUCCGCCAACCCAGCAGAUGAGCGCGAUGUCUAUGGGUAGCCCACCACCCCCAGGAUCCGCGCCAGGGCAGUACGCGCCUCCCCCAGGUUCCGCGCAAGGGCAGUACGCGCAGCAUGCGCCGCCUCCGCCGUUCUCCGCCGGUCUCCCGACAGGCCCUCCGCCUGUCGGGGCGAUGAUGCCGGGCGCGGGGCCUCCGCCUCCCUUCGGCGCUUCCCCCGCUGCUGGCGGGGCGCAGCGACGCGCUUAUCCCAUGCCUACUGGAGCGCCCCCUGGCAUGUCCCCGCACCCCCAGUCCCCUGGCAUGGGCGGAAGCCAGCCCCACUCCCCCUCCAUGGGCGCGCGCCAGCCCAUGGCGCCCUUCACAGGGCAGGCGCCCGGCCAGCAGGGGUCGGCCCCGGGUCCCGGAUCGACCCAAAUCAGAUCCCGCGCCCGCCCCCUCCUGCGGACGCGUUUCUGUUCGAGACUCGAGUGAAUGGCACCGCGAACCUGCCUCCAGCUGCCACGUCAUCCUUUGUGGUCCGCGACACGGGCAACUGCAGCCCUAAAUUCAUCCGAGCAUCGCUGAACCAGAUUCCCCUCUCAGCGGAUCUCCUUACCACCUCAGCCAUGCCUCUCAGCCUCAUGAUCCAGCCCUUCGCUCUGCAGGACCCAGCCGACACUCCCGUGCAUGUGGUUGACUUUGGCGAGAUGGGCCCGAUUAGAUGCCACCGCUGCAAGGCGUACAUCAACCCGUUCAUGCGAUUUGUGGACCAUGGGAGGAAGUUCAUUUGCAACCUGUGUGGCGUGUCCAACGAGACCCCCCGUGAGUACGUGUGCAACCUGGGGCCGGACGGCAGGAGGAGGGAUGCGGACGAGCGACCUGAGCUGUUGCAUGGGAGCGUGGAGUUCGUUGCGCCCAAGGAAUACUCGAUCCGGGACGCCAUGCCGCCUGUCUACUUCUUCCUCCUCGACGUCUCUUUCAACGCCGUGGCGUCUGGAGCUGCCUCUGCUGCAUGCUCCUCCAUCUCACGCAUUCUCCAGGACUUGCCUGAGGGAGGUCGCACGCUGGUCGCCUUUGCCACCUUCAAUUCCACCAUCCACUUCUACAGCCUCAACAGCAACCUCACGCAGCCGUCCAUGCUGGUGGUACCUGAGGUGGAAGACGUGUACACGCCCCUGCCAUCCGACCUCAUCGUGCCUCUGGACGAGGCUCGGGAGCGGCUGCAGCAGCUGCUGGAGUCGAUCCCCCAGAUGUUUGCAGAGACGCGCAUUGCAGACUCGUGCCUGGGGGCAGCGCUGCAGGGUGCUUUCCUUGCGAUGAAAAAAACAGGAGGCCGAAUCCUUGCCUUCCAGUCAGUCCUUCCCUCCGUGGGCGUUGGAUCUUUAUCCGCACGAGAAGCCGAGGGGAGGGCGAAUGCUACAGUGGCGGAUAAAGACGUGCUGAAGCUGCUGCAGCCAAACGACAAGCAGCUGAGGCCAAUGGCAGAGGAGAUGGCGGACUUCCAAGUGUCUGUCGACGUGUUUCUGACCACUCAGGGGUUUGCGGAUGUGGCUUCAAUUGCAGUGAUUCCCAGGAUCACAGGUGGCCAGCUCUUCAGCUACUACCCCUUCAGCGCGGCCCAUGACGGCGGCAAGCUGCACAACGACCUGCGGUGGGCCGUGAGACGGCCGCACAUAUUUGAAGCGGUCAUGAAAGUGCGCUGCAGCCAGGGCCUGUCUGUUUCUGACUACUAUGGCAACUUCCACCGGCGCAUCCCAGCUGAAAUAUACCUGCCCGCGAUGGACAGCGACAAGGCCAUUAUGACGACAGUCAAGCACGAGGAGAAGCUAGCUGAGAACAGCGAAGCGUGCUUUCAGUGUGCUAUCCUGUAUACGACCACCACGGGGGAAAGGCGCGUUCGCGUACACACACUGUCUCUGCCCACCACUGCCUCCCUGGCGUCUGUGUUUCGGGGUGCUGAUUUGGAUGCUCAAUUUGCAUACAUGCUCAAGACUUCCGCAGCGGACGUGGUGACCCACCCGGUGCAGCCAGUGCGGGACGCAGCAGUGCAGACAGCAGUCUCCAUCCUCUACACCUACCGCAAGUUCUGUGCCACUGCCUCCUCUUCUGGCCAGCUGAUCCUACCAGAAGCUCUGAAGCUGCUGCCGCUCUACACUCUGGCGCUCCUCAAGUCUCUCGGUCUCCGGGGAGACAUGAAGGUGGAUGAGCGGUCAGCAUGGCUGGCCAGGGUGCGCUCCCUCUCCGCCUCGCUCUGCGUUCCUCUGGUCUACCCUCGUCUCUUCGCCCUGCACCACCUCUUGAGGGAUGCGGCCAACCAGGAGCAGCAGCAGCAGAACGGGGUGCAGGAGGGAGAGCAGCCUCCUCCGGAGCACCUGCCCACCGCCCUCCCCCUCUCAAGCGAAAAACUCGAGCCGGACGGGGUGUUUCUGGUGGAGAACGGGGAGGAUGCGGUGGUAUGGGUGGGCAAGGAGGUGGGCAGCGGUCUGCUGUUCGACAUCUUUGGGCUCCGUUCUGUCGACGAGAUCGCACCCGGCCCAUUCCUCCUGCAAGAGUUUGACAACCCCGCGUCGCGCAAGCUGAAUGCCAUUGUUAAUGAGAUUCGACGCCAGCGAUGCUCGUACCUGAGGCUUCGGCUGCUCAAGAGAGGUGACCCUUCAGAGAAUCUCUUCUUCCAAACGCUGGUGGAGGAUCGGUCACCUUCGGGGAUGUCCUAUGUGGAGUUCCUGGUGUACGUGCACCGGCAAAUACAGAACAAGAUGGGAUAAAGAAGAGGACUAUUACCGUACAUCGUAGAUUGACCUAUAAAGGAUUGAUAGAAUUACAAUAGAGGAAUAAGGAGUCCUGGUUAAGUUUCAGCUUGCAUCGUUGUGGCAUGGUAUGUUUCGGCAUUGUCAUUACAAACCACCGUCGAUGUCACUAGUCUACAAUAUUCCUGUAGGGGGACCUCCUAUUUGCAAAAGCUAUGUGUUAUCGA